GUUCCGGAUCGUCUCCAGCUGCCCCUCCGUUCCUCGCCUUCCCCCUCCCCUCUCGCGCCUCUCCUCCCUCCCGCUCUGGAAAAGGGAGAAGCUGCCGCUGCGCGUGGGUGGAGAGGAGCGCUCGGCGCCUCCUGGAGGGAGCCACUCCCGCCCCAUCUGAGCCCCGGAGCACGGCCAGACCAGGUACCGAAUAUCCUCCUUUGCUUGAGACCUACAGACUACAUGUCCUAUAAGAACUAAUCAAUGGUUUUUCAUCUAUUGGAGAUACAUUAGAACCAUAAAUAUGGUGCCAGAAGAACUCCUUUCUUUUCUCUGACUACGGUUUUAUCUGGACAUAGUUUUGUAUUGAAGAGAAGUAUACAGACUGAGACUACUCACUGUGCAGAGACUCUGCUGUGUAGGACCAUGGACCAUCCCAGUAGGGAGAAAGAUGAGAGACAACGGACAGCUAAACCCAUGGCACAAAGGAGUGCACACUGUUCCCGACCAUCUGGCUCCACAGCCUCCUCCGGGGUUCUUAUGGUGGGGCCCAACUUCAGGGUUGGCAAGAAGAUAGGGUGUGGGAACUUCGGAGAGCUCAGAUUAGGUAAAAAUCUCUACACCAAUGAAUAUGUAGCUAUCAAACUGGAACCAAUAAAAUCACGUGCUCCACAGCUUCAUUUGGAAUACAGGUUUUAUAAACAGCUCGGCAGUGCAGGUGAAGGUCUCCCACAGGUGUACUACUUUGGACCAUGUGGGAAAUACAAUGCCAUGGUGCUGGAGCUCCUCGGGCCUAGCUUGGAGGACUUGUUUGACCUCUGUGACCGAACUUUCACUUUGAAGACUGUGUUAAUGAUAGCCAUCCAGCUGCUUUCUCGAAUGGAAUAUGUGCACUCCAAGAAUCUCAUUUAUCGAGAUGUCAAGCCAGAGAACUUCCUGAUUGGCCGACAAGGCAUAAAGAAAGAGCAUGUUAUACACAUUAUAGACUUUGGACUGGCCAAGGAAUAUAUUGACCCUGAAACCAAAAAACAUAUACCUUACAGGGAACACAAAAGUUUAACGGGAACUGCAAGAUAUAUGUCUAUCAACACGCAUCUUGGCAAAGAGCAAAGCCGGCGGGAUGAUUUGGAAGCCCUGGGCCAUAUGUUCAUGUAUUUCCUUCGAGGCAGCCUACCCUGGCAAGGACUCAAGGCUGAUACUUUAAAAGAGAGAUAUCAAAAAAUCGGUGACACCAAAAGGAAUACUCCCAUUGAAGCUCUCUGUGAAAACUUCCCAGAGGAGAUGGCAACCUACCUACGAUACGUCAGGCGAUUAGACUUCUUUGAAAAACCUGACUAUGAGUAUUUACGGACCCUCUUCACAGACCUCUUUGAAAGGAAAGGCUACACCUUUGACUAUGCCUACGAUUGGGUUGGGAGGCCUAUUCCUACCCCAGUAGGGUCGGUUCAUGUAGAUUCUGGUGCAUCUGCAAUAACUCGGGAAAGCCACACACACAGGGACCGGCCAUCACAACAACAGCCUCUACGGAAUCAGACUGCAUCGUCAGAGCGCCGAGGAGAGUGGGAAGUCCAGCCCAGCCGGCAGACCAAUACCUCAUACCUGACGUCUCACUUGGCUGCAGACCGCCAUGGGGGAUCAGUGCAGGUGGUUAGCUCGACCAAUGGAGAGCUGAACGUGGAUGACCCCACGGGAGCCCACUCCAACGCACCGAUCGCAGCUCACGCCGAGGUGGAGGUAGUGGAGGAAGCUAAGUGCUGCUGUUUCUUUAAGAGGAAAAGGAAGAAGACUGCUCAGCGCCACAAGUGACCAGUGCCUCCCAGGAGUCCUCAGGCCCCGGGGACUCUGACUCGAUUGUACCUGCAGCUCCUGCCAUUUCUCAUUGGAAGGGACUCCUCUGUGGGGGAGGGUGGAGAUCCAAACCAAAAAGAAGAAAAGAUGCCCCCAGGAGCCAGAGUGGGCAGCCAGGGCCCAGUUGUGGGUGGCUCCCACCCCUGCCUAAGACUCUGAGCGGGUCCCAGAGCUGCCUCGGGGCUGCCUGGUUGACUCUCCUUCCUAUUGUUUACAGUGAAGGUGUCAUUCACAAAAACUCAAGGACUACUAGUCUCUUCCCUUCCCUUAGAUCACUCCUGGUUCUUGUCCCACCCUCAACCCUCUCCAGCAUAAAAGCUGGUGAGUUAAAGCUGUGUCUGCUGAAGGAGCUCGGGAGGCUGGGGGUGUGACCGAGAAAGGAGGCGGAUGGUGGCAGGCGAGGAGAAAAGCCUUCUCGGCCUGCCAGGUGUGUCUGGCAGUCUGGCUCCCUCUCCCUCUGUGCCUGUGCAGCCUCCAUUCCCCCGCUGGCCGUGGGGUGCAGGUUACUUGCGCCCUCCCUCCUGUGAAGUUACACUGUAGGACACAAGCUGUGAGAAAUCUGCAUUCUACUGUCCCCGUGUGUUGGCAUUCUUAGCUUUCUUGUCAAGCGAACUCUGUUCUCCAGACGGUAGUAGGACAAUGCAAAUUGUUCUAAGCAAAGGAAAAAAAAAACUGACUUUAUUGCACUUUUAGUUUUUGUUUUUGUUUUUUUACAGAAAAACAUGGCAGAUGCAUAUUGUGUCUGAUUAUAUUGGGAGUUUCCCUUUUUCUUGUUUUGAGGGGUAUGAGGCCAGCCAAGCCAUUCAGAGAGAACAUGGGUCCAGGGGACAUUCUCAACGGAAAGAGUUGUGUCUGCAGUACCCAGAAGAGAAGCCAAACUGUCAUUCUGAGUGAGCCCUCAGGUUGCAAGGAAACAUACUUGAAUUUUCAUUCAUCUUCUCAGCUGCUGAAGAAUGUUCCUACCAGAGCUUCUUGAUUGCAUCAGCCUGCAGUUUGGACAGCCUAGCUCUCUCAUAUAUGAGAUGAGCCAGCCAAGCCAGACUGUGACCAGGAGACAGUGCAUCUCAGAAAAGGAGGUGCUCAACAAAAAAUCUGAAAUACCUGUUUCCUCCACUGCCAGGGACUUCUAAACUAGAUAGCCAUGUGACUUCCUUAGUGACUUGGGGGACAGAAUUGGAGAUGAAACAGCCACCACUGUAUUGCUACUAGUGGACAAAAGAGUGGGGAAUGUGAACCUACCUUCCAACUGCAAGAGGAACCUCAGGAUUUGGCAUCAUAGGACCAGGAAAUGAAAUUGGUGUGUACUGUCUGCGCCCAGUAGCUGAAUUACAGCAUUUGGGCUGGUCUGCCUUAUUAGAAACUAAGCAUCUUCUCCCAGCAGGUCCACAGCAGCAGGCUUAGGACUCAGUACAUGGGGCUGUAGUCAACACGAAGGUAAGAUUGGUUGGUGCUGGAAAAUUCCAGGGGAAAGUAGACUUGAAAUGGAAGGUUUGAAAUUAUUUCCUCAGUUAGACAUACUCCUUCCAGAUAAGCUGGCCAUACAGCUAGAACAUGUCCUCCCCAUUGCACUCUACACCCUCCCCCCAUGAAACAGUCACCGGACAUACUUCCAUGAGGGCUCUCAGAAAGCCACUAAUGUGUGGAGUUAGUCUUCUCAUGCUUAAUUUCAUUUGAGUUCAGUGGCUUAUCCAGACAGUGACUUCUCAUUCCAGAUAGGAGGAGAAAGGGUUCUUUACAUCUGGGAAUGAGAUCUUGUAUGUGGGAGUAGAGAGAGCUAACCAUAGAGGACAGGAGCUGGUGACGUAGUCUGGUGGCUUGGGGAACACAGAAACCAUUGCCUGUGGCUUGAGUGUGGGGCUGUCAUGUGGACUGGAGGGUGGGGGAUUACUCCGUGGUGGUGCGCAUUUCCCAACAAGUCCCCCAUACAUGGAGCAGGAAUGGCAACAGGAACAUGGAUCAGUUACUGGGCUUCACCUGUUCCAUUGGACCUUGGCUAGGACUUACCGCUUCACCGGCUUCAAACCUGCUAAGCUUAUAUAUAUAAAGAUCCUAAUCUUUCAUUUCUUUAAAAAUUUUCCUGUAUGCAAAACAGAGUGGCUGGGAGAUGCAGUGUCAUACCCCUUCCCCACAAGGAUUUUGAAUAUGGAGGGUUAUUUCCUUGACAUUACCUAGUGGUUAAAGCUUCAUCACUGAAAUUUACAUAGUUUCUCAGUUGGCAUUUGGGCAACUUGAACCUCCUGUAUAGAAACUUCUAACUUCUUCAUUUCUAUAUAGAAAAAAGCCUUGCCUCCAGAGGAGGGCAGCAAGAAAUGGUGGCAAAGCCUGGAGCAUCUUGGCACUCCAUACCCCACUAAGUGCCUCCCCACUCCUGCUUCUACAGAAAAGCAAAGGCAGUGACCAGCUUAGUGGCUGGGUGAGCCCUUUGGCAGCUGAAUUUGUGACUUUGGUGGUCGGCGGGGGGUCUUAAUUUUUUUUAAGGCUAGCUGUUGAGGGGAUGAACCUGAGCAUUUGUGGGGAUGGGGUGUCCUUCUUGAUGCACUGUUCUUCCUGCCUCCCACAAAUCUCUUACUAGGUAUUUGAUUUUUAUGACAAAGGUGAACAGCUCUAGGUCCCUCUGGAUUGCAGGGUAUUGGUGGUCCUCCCAGGACCACUGGCGCUUCAGGGUGGUCCCAGAUCCCUGAGAGACUGUAUUAUGAUCUUAAAAACAAAACAUAACAAAAAACCUAAGUCAUCAUUUUCAUCCCCAGUAGCACAUCAGGGCCCACUCCUCAGCCCUGCUGCUCUAGUUGCUUGGCUGUCUGCCUCGGCCAGGUCCCUGGGGCUGGGCACUCCAUCUACCCAUCACUCACCCAAAUCCACUUGUUCUGUAGUUUCUGAGCUUUCUCCAUUUCCCAACUAUGAUGCCUAGGAAUCUUUUUCUUUGGGAUUGAGCUAGUUCUUUCCCAGUUAGCAUUAAGCACUAAUAGCAUCUGUUCAUUAAAAAAAAAAACCACCACCGAAAUAUUAUACGAUUAGGAGUUCUCCCAAGUCCUGCAGUCCUUCAGGCAUUGCAUCCUGAGCAGAUAAGAGGCAAGCGGACCAGGGAGCCACCAAAGUGGGAGAGACCUUCCCUUGUGACAAGAGCAUGGCUCGUGUCUGUGCAGUGUGAGCACGUAGGGAUUGAUCUCUUGCUAUGCACACCUGUGUCAGUUCCCACUGGUCUCUAGACUGCUUUGCAAGGGAGGUCAGAGCUCUCGUGACUGCCUUCAUUAACAUGCCCCUGCUAUUUGGGGUUUAAGUAGGAGUAAACAGAGUCUAGGAAGGAACAAGUCAGUGAUUAGGCUGGCCUCUAGUUAAGGCUGCAUUCUAUUUUGGAACGCAGAGGCAACAGCAGACAGCAGAACCCUGCAGUUUCCAAUAGAAUUGACUGCCUGUUUAUUCUCAAUGAACUCCCAAAUACAUAGAGCCCCUGCCAUUAGCCAGAAGAGGUGUCCAUCACCUCUGAAGUAACUUCCAACUUAGUUCACUGGAAAUGUACACUGGUAGUACAUAUUCAGUGUGGAUUCUCAGUAACCACUUUCAAUGUCAGAAAUAUUCAGUGAUGAUAAUGUUUGAUCAAGUGGUUACUAAAGAUCAUAGCCUUAACUUUUUUGUAUGCAAAAGAUGUAACCUGUUCUCCCUCUCAGUGAGCUAGCAUGGCCAACAUUUUUCAAAAUAAGCGCUUCAUGGCAGCCUAGAAACUAUCUCCUCAAAGGAACUUUCUUCUGAUAUGUCUCUCCCAAGUCCACACGUCUGUGCCUGGCCACCUCUAUUUUCAGAUUUAAACCAGUUUUCCAUUCAAAAUAAGGAGACCUGACAACUCUGCAGAUCUGGAACCAUGUAAGGGCUAGAGGUUCUCAGAUCAGGAGCUUGCAGCGCCAAACAGCCAACAUCGCCUUUACCAGGUCACUGCCACCAUCCCUUCCAGUGCCCCAAGGUGGGCAGGUGAAUUCCAGGAACCUUUAGGGAGCCAGGAUAAUUAGGCACCCCGUGUGGAUGGGCCAUGUGAGCAAAAAGCACUUGUCUCUGGGGUUUUUGCCUUGCCCACUCCAGGGCUCCAGGAGAGCCACGUGUACAGGAUGAGGGCCAGGGCCUCCAUCUUCCUUACAGUGGGUUGGUGGGAAUCAAGAUGGGAUUCCUGUGGGUUGUUUUUGUGGGGAGGGGUGAUUUUUGUUCCUGAAUAAGAAAAAGGAAACUGUGGCCUACCUUUGAGGGUUUGCAGAGUUUUAAGCAGUGUUUUAGCCACAAAUAAGGCAUCUUGGAAAUCUUUAAUAAUAAGCAGUCUUUAUAUGUUUUUUGCAAUGCAUUUUCAGGUGACUGAGUGCAAAAGAAUAGGUUUUCUCCAUUGUAUUCAACAUAGUAUAUAGGUUCCCUGCAUAUAGACAGUAAUAGUUGACAUAUUUCCUCAAAAAGCAAUCAGGAAGGCCACUCCAGUAUUUGUAGAUUAACUUAAGGAAAAGUUAUGUUAUGUGCACUCCAUUUAUUUCUAGUUUGAUUACCAAACUUGAUGUUAUUAAAGAAACCGCAGUUCUGUGGACAGAAUUUCUUUGGUUAUUUUUCUUCUUAUACUCACCAUUAUCUUUCCAGUGCCAUCACCACCUUCAAAGUCUCAGAGUAGAGGGUUAUCCAUGGUAAUCAGUGGGGGUGCAGUGCAGUCAUCCCAGUAACACACACAAGAAAGACAGCUGUCCUGACUGCCCCUUCUUGGUAAAUCCCCUCUUUCAGGGCAAGUGAGACAUUUCAGUGUUCCUCUUCACGAACUUCAGACCAAAUCCCAGGCUAGCCCUUCCACCGAAAGCUUUUCUAAGAGGUUUAUCAAUCUGUUAGGAAUGUCUCAGGAGAGAUGAGCCAUUUCUUUGGGGGGAAGUAUAUUUACAGAUGGAUGUGUGUAGUUGCAUUGUAUGCCCUUGUGUGUGCGUGCAUGCAUGCGCAUGCACAUGUGUGCUUGCUCAUCUGUGUGCAUUUCACUUCCAUAAAGACUCAGCCCAGGCUGCUGGGACCUCCAUGUGUUCCUGAAUAUUCUGGGAAGUAAACAAGUACCAAGUGAGCUCCUCAAAUUAGUGUUGCAGUAAGGGGGCUCUGGGAAUGAGCCCCAUUUAUCAAGCAGAAGAGUAAACAACAAAAAAUGGAGAUGAAACCAAAAAUUAUGAACUGCCCUACCCCCAGUGGAAAAUAAUGUUGAUUCAUCAAUUCCCAUUGGAUAUAUUAAUCUAAUUUAUUAUAUUAUUUUGUGUUUCUUUAAUCUUUGCCCAUUGUACUUUUAGAAAGAUGUUGGGGUGUUGACUGCAAUUUCUAAGACGAGAUAAUGUAUAAAUCAGCUGUGGAAAUCAGUUUUAAUUGAUGUGUGGAUGUGUCCGAUUAUUGUUAAAUGCCUUUUUUUAAACCUUUUGUUUUAGAUAUGUGAUGUUGUUUCAUAAAUCCUGGCACUGGUCGCAAAACUCAGCUGUGAACAUGAAACUUGUAGUAUUUUUAAACAUGAAUGUCAAUUUCGAGUGUAUUUGAAAUGGUUCCUCCAGGAGAGAGAUUUGUACACCAGUAGGAAAAACUCCUCUGCAGAGGAAGUAGCCUUCUUUGGAGAAAAUGGAAAAUGGCUCUUGAUACAUUAUCUCAGAGUAGCCCGUUUCCUAGGGCACCAUGGAAAACACAAAUGUGAUCUUUUAAGUAUACCUCUUCCCCGGUUUGGGGAGGAAAAGACUCAGUUUGCACCCUUUUUGUAUGUAAAAUAAAAUGUCUUACCUUUCUUGGCUAA